GUUUUUGUGUUUUUGCUUUUAGGUUUUAGAAACAGAUUUUAUUUUAUUAGAACAUAUUGGUUAAACAUAUUCGGGUUUUAUUUGAAAAUGUUCAUGAUUUUUUAGGAGUAGAUGGUGCAGCAGUCAGGGAAAAUGAAAACAGCUUAAAUGAGGAGCUUCUUGAACAUCAGAGUUUGGUUUUGGGUCCCAAAACAAACCUAAAUCAAUGGAAAGAUUCAUGCAGGGAGACCACAGAUAAUAUUUUGGGUGGUUCGAGAGACAAUCAUAAAACUGAUCUUCUGGAGGAAAGUAAUUCUGGAGUUGGCAAAAAAAAGAUGAGAAGAAGGAAAAUGGGGAACGAUCAAAACUUUUUAGAUUACUUGCUCAACUUUGACCUGAACAGCGUCUCAGUCGUAAACACAGAAAUUAGCAGCAUGACUAAUAGAGCUUCUCCACUGAACAAAAAUGUGUGUAAGAAUCCCUCCUCCAGUCCUGCUCUCCAGGCUCAAAGCAACAUGUAUCAGGAAUGUAGUAUUCCAGUACUAAGCUCCUGUCAAACUGAAGUCAGUGAAUCAUGUGCAGUUGAGCAAUCUUUACCCUCAGAUGAAUCUUCUGAAUCUCAGUCUCUGCUUAUAGGCCUAAUUCAUGACUAUGGACUUACCUGUAGUCCUGAGCCUCAGAUAGGUUUAAAGAUGAUAGUGCAGGUAGAACCUAUUAAAGAGCAGCUAAAACUUCAUUCGGUUCAGCCCACAUUAAAGAAGACAGACACAACCCAUAUAAAUUGUAAAGAAGAAAGCCAACAAAAACAAACUUCUUUAUUAUUGCCUGCCGAUGACAGUAAUGCUGUUGCCUCAAAAUGGCCUCAAACCAAUAUAUCCACCCUAAACAGCCUUGCAUAUGGAGACCUGCUUGUUGGACCUAAUGAAACAUACUCACUUCAGGACUUCAGUGUCUAAGUAAUGAUCCAGAUGAAUCCAUCAAACAACUUCAGCAAAAACAUGAAGAUAAAGUAACCUUGUCUAGUUUCAGUCACUGCCCCAGUGUCAGUUCUGCAGACAUUCAGGGCAUUGUAUGCAAUGAGAGGCUGUGUGGUGGCAGAUCACUGUCAAGGGUACUUGACACCACUCUAACCAGUCCCUUAGAAAUGCAAACUAGCCCUAUAUGCGAGGGCAAAAAACUUUUAAUGAGCACACCAAGUAGUAAAAGCCAGAAAGAUGAUGAAAGCAAUAUUAGGAGUAGUAGAAAGAUUUCCACAGAUGAUAAUAUGCCUCCAGUCUUGUUGCCGUGUGCCAUAGAUGAUAAUGCUGCUGUCAAAAAUGAUGAUGCUAAAAGUUCUGCAGAUUCUGACAGCACAAUGAUUGAAGAGCAGGAACAGAUAAAGAGUACUGACAAUGAUAGAGAGGGUAUGACAAUUCGAGCAGGGUUACAUCCAGCCCCAGUAGUCAUCUCUUCUGAGGGAUUAAGACAGGACAAGCAGCAUGACUCGUGUAAAACUAGUAAGGAGCAUAGCAGGGGAGAACCAACAGAGAACACAACUGAUCCAUUGAGCACCGAGAGCUCUGUCAGCAUGUUGACAGACUUGUCCCAGAAGCCCUUAUGUUUACUUCCAACACCAAAUAACAAUCAAGUUACAGAGAGUGCAGGACAAGAUGGUUUUCAGAAAGCAGUGGAAAAUGAAGAGGCCUCAUACGCUGCUAAAACCUGCCAGCGCAAAAAGAGGCAAUCCAAACAUAGAUUCAGCAAGCAAACUAAACAUGAUGGUGUGCGUAAUGAAGCCUCAAAGCCAGUUAUAAACCUAACCCAGAGAAACAUCCACCAAAGGAAUUAUUUGGGAGAGACUUUACUCCAUCGAGCCUGCAAAAAAGGAGACCUACUAGAGGUUAAAAGGCUGAUUAAAGCUGGAAUAAACGUCAAUACUGCUGACAAUGCAGGUUGGACAGCUCUACAUGAGGCCACUGUUAAAGGUUGUCCAGAUGUGGUGGAGGAACUUUUGCGUGCAGGUGCAAAUGUAUCUAGCAGGGGGCUGAAAGGAGUCACUCCUCUCCAUGAUGCUGUCAUAUGCGGUAAAUACAAGGUUGUAAAACAUCUUCUUCAGUACGGCUCAAAUCCUCAUGAUAAGAACUCACUUGGACAAAGUGCACUGGAUCUUGCAAAACAUGAAAUCAUCAGAGAGCUGCUCUUGACAUUUAGAGGAACCCCUGUUGUACCUGAGCAACCAUCUGACACGUCCAAACUAGAGUCUGAAAUUUUGCACCAUGGACAAAUACGGCACGAUAAUACAGUUCACAGACAGCCUCCUUCCUGCUUCAGGAGAAAUAAUACAAGGAACAUUGCAGGAAGCAGUGCUGGAUCUGCACAUUGUAGUUCUCUUGUGUGUGAUCAAUCCAGAGCCAUGAGAGCAACCCCUGAAGAAGUAGAAGCACCAUCAAAGAAGACACAGCUUUGUUGUAAUGAAAGCCAACAAAAUCAGACAUCUUUGCUACUGCCCAACCUUCAGAAUAAUCAGGUUCACAGGAGAUCAACUGGCUCCUUCAGGAAAUAUAAUAAGAGGAACACUACAGCAAGCAGUACUGGUUCUGCACCCAAUUUACAGAAAAGUGCUUUGUCCCAAACUACAAAUGCAACAUCUGAAAAAGUGGAACCGAAGCAGACAGGAGAAUUCAGAAAAGAAACUCAUAUGAGCAUCACUUCUAUCCGACUGAUCAGUAAUGAAGAGCUCCUUCCUUCCUUCUUGAUGGACAGAUUCUGGGAUUCCUUCCUGAACAAUAACGACUGGGACUUUUGAAAUGAUGUUCUUGAUAGGGAUUAUUGGAAACUUAUUUUAUUUUGUUGAACUGGCAAGAGAAAGUUUACAAUCACAUUAAAACCUUAUCUGAUAUGCAAUACAAUAAUAAUAAUACAAAAUAGUUUGUUUAAAAACAGCAUGAAAGGAUUAAUUUGCAAUGUAACAAGAAUUAAAAUGCCUGAGUUUAUGGAAUGCUUGCUUUUUAAUACUGAUGGUUAUUUCAGAAGUUACGUCUCUUUUUGGAAAAUAAUGUACUUUUCGCGUUAUUUCCAAAAAGAACCAAGUCAUUGUAUAUCACAGUGAACGCGGCGGGUGUGUGGGCGUGGCCUGUGGUUUGUACACCUAAACGCCUCUGAGCUUGGACACGCCCACCGCCCCCACCAAUUCCGUGCAUUGGAGAAAAGCACAAGCGGAUCUCACACACUACUGCUUCACAGUUAAACCAGGAGGAGACACGCGAAGAUAUUACAGCUGAAACCAUAAUAGUGACGCCUGUAUGAAGUGGACACAUUGGCACUGGACUUGCUCCAAGUUUGUCCAAGACAUUUUUGAUGGAACGCAACAGAAAGGAAGUGAAACGGCGAGAGCGCAAGGUGAGC